GUCCACCCACUGGUACUUUACGAGUCAACUCCCCUUUCUGGGGUUUUUCACUGAUGAGAGAGAGAGAGAGAGAGAGAGAUGAAAUUGCUAGGAUGGUGGUUGAUGGUGGUGGGUUCGCUUCGAUUAGCGUCCGUUUGGUUCGGUUUCUUCGAUAUUUGGGCCCUACGACUCGCUGUUUUCUCCAAGACCCCAAUGACUGAAGUUCAUGGAAGAACCUUUGGAGUAUGGACCCUCUUGACUUGCACUCUUUGCUUUCUUUGUGCGUUCAACCUUGAUAACAAGCCGCUAUACUUGGCCACCUUCUUGUCGUUCAUCUAUGCUUUUGGACAUUUCCUGACGGAAUACCUAAUUUAUAAAACUAUGGCAAUUGCAAAUUUGACGACUGUUGGCAUCUUUGCAGGCACAUCCAUCAUAUGGAUGUUGUUGCGGUGGAACGCUCAUCAGCGUAUUGAGAUCAAGCGUUCUUAAAAGAGAAGUGAAGCCCGCUGUGCUGUCUUUCCUUGCCUGAAAAUUGAAACUGCUGAAUUUCUGGUUGCUUGUUAUUUUCCAAGCCCAUUUUCGGGGCACACACUUAUGAGUAGACAAUUGUGUUUUGGUGGUCGAGCUUACGACAAAAACGUUGAUACGACAUUAAUUUGCAUUGGUCGCAGAUGACUAGACGAGGUAUUCCUCCUCAACUAGAUUGCUAACCAUGGAUGUAAUUCCAGUUUGGCCACAGUUUGUACUUCAUUUGGAAGGAUUUCUUUUAAGCUGCUAAUUUGUUGGAACUUGGCAUUGAUCUACUCUUUGAGCUGAAUCAGUUGGCUGUAAAUUCGAAGUCAUAUGGCACAGUGCAGUAAUUUUAGCUUUUGUUUAACCUUAA